GGCGGACACUCAGGUAAACCGGAAAUAAGAUAACUUGGCGAACUUUAUUUCAUGUAUUUAAACGAUUGUCUACGACAAAAAAUGUCAAGAUGAUUGUGAGAGUGUUCCUGGUUUUACUGUGUGCUAUGCACACGCAUGCAGUCAACAGACCCCCUAAUAUGAUUCAGCACCCCAAAGAUAAAGACAUCUUUUACAAGGCUGGGGAAUCUGUGGUCAUAACUUGUAUAGCUGAUGGCAUACCGAAGCCCAUAUAUCGAUGGAAAAGAAAUAAGGAAGAUUUCAACCCAAGUGGUAAUGAUAACAGAGUGGUGCAGAUACCAAACCAGGGAACAAUAGUGUUCAGCAGACCAGAAUCCAAGGACGAAGGCAUUUUCCAGUGCUUUGCUGACAAUGGCUAUGGGAUUGUAGCAUCAAUUAAAGUUAACUUAAGGGAAGCAAAGCUUGAGAAAUUUUCUUAUGAGGAGCGAAAGGAGCACUAUGAGCUGUGGGGGAACCCUCUCACCCUGCCAUGUACCCCGCCCCAGAGCUACCCCUCGGCUGAUGUAUAUUGGGUCAUUAAGGAGCAAAACGGCAGGUGGCAGGCCAUUAACUUUAACAAACGCAUCAGCAUGGACCUGGAAGGACGACUGCGCUUCACCAAUGUUGAAAAGUCUGAUGAACUAAAUGGCAGGGCGUACUCCUGCAUGGCACUUAAUUACUUCAUGCGAGACAAUGCCAUAGGCCCAGAGCAUACCAUUAAAGUUGUAGGAUCCACCCCACAGAAGAGGCCAGCCUAUGAGCUGUGGACAUCACCCAGUGACCAGUUCUUUGUGAAGGGAAAUACACUAAGACUCAAGUGCAUAUUUGCUGGAAACCCUACCCCAGAGGUGUACUGGUCAAAGAUUAAUGGUGGUUUCCCAGAUCGCAUGGUUCUGAAAAGUUUUGGCCAGGAACUUGAGAUAACUGACCUUGAACUCUCCGAUGGCGGUCAGUACGAGUGUACUGGACUUAACGCCGAGUCCCAGCAGAGGGCUACCAAGGCUUUUGAUGUCAGAAUUGAAUCUGCCCCAGAAUGGGUAGAUGAGCCAUUUAACCAGGAAAUGAGCACAAAUGAGAAAGUGACAUUCAUCUGCAGGGCAAAGGCCGAACCUGAGCCAAACUAUGACUGGUACAUUAAUGGUGUUCCGCUUGACUCCACCACUGAUGGGCAGGAAUCAGUGAGAGAUCCCCGUAUCUACCGGAACCCCCGCUUCCACAAGUCACGUAACAACAUCACUUUGACGGGGCUGACCCUAGAAGACCACAUGAACAUUCAGUGUAAUUGCAGCAACAAACAUGGAUAUGUCUGGGCAGAUGUCUACCUUAAUGUAUUAGAGGAGGCCCCAACCAUCAUGGUACCCCCACCGCCUACCCUCAAAGUGGCCGAGGCUCAAUCAGUGACUAUCACGUGUGUGGUGACAGGCAAGCCAGACCCCAUCAUUACCUGGUACCGCGACCAAAACCUCAUCACAGGCGGGAGGUUUAAGAUCUUGCCCACUGGUAAUCUACAUAUACAGAAUGUUGUGAUGGCGGAUGCGGGGGACUACAGAUGCCAGGCGAGUAACAAGUUUGCCAAGGACGUAACCUCCUCUAUCUGCAAAAUGCAGAUACGAAGAAAGACUCGUAUUGAGCAAUAUCCAAUGGAUCUGGAAGUAGGAGCUGGCCGGGAUGCCAAGUUCACAUGUUCUGGCUCCACUGACUUUGAUGAGGCAGGAAAUAUGUUAGUGUACUGGGAGAAAGAUGGGAAACAAAUGUCCACCAAUGAGCACAGGAUGACCCAGAACUUCCAGGACAACUCACUGACCAUCGCUGGCGCCAUUGUGAGAGAUUCUGGGGUUUACACUUGUGUCAUUACCAAUGGCCUUGAUGAGGACAGGGCAUUUGCUUUCUUGACUGUUAAAGAUCGACCUGACCCUCCAUCCAGUGUGGAGAUUGACCGUUGUCGAGAGAAGAAGGCGGACAUCAAGUGGGUGAAGGGUAUCGAGAACAAUGCCCCAGUCAUCCACUUUAUUGUCCAGUACAACACAACCUUCAACCCGGACCAGUGGGUCUCUGUGGAAACAGUGGACUACACACAAAACACAGCCACCAUCUCACUCAGUCCCUAUGCCAACUACACAUUCCGGGUGAUCGCAACCAACAAAAUUGGUGCCAGUACUUCCAGCUACCACACCCCCACUGUGUGUAAAACCAACCCAGAGGCUCCAAACAAGAACCCACAGAAUGUCAGGUCCAUAGGAGACAGGAAGGGAUUCCUAAAGAUUGAAUGGAUUCCAAUGAACCUUCUAGAACACAAUGGCCCCGGCUUCAAGUACCAGGUGACCGUACGACAACGUGGCAGCAUUGCGCAGGGAACCACCUAUAAUGUGGAUAACUGGAUGAACAACACACUGGAACACAUGGCAACAGACCCUUACUUCCCGUAUGCAGUAAGGGUCCAGGCUAAAAACAGCAUUGGAGAUUCCACCACAGAGGCACAGGAAAAGACUCUGUAUUCUUAUGAAGAUGUACCUGGAGCGAUAGUGAAGAAUGUGGAGGUGUCCGAUAUCUCUGCAUCGACAGUCAAGCUGACCUGGACCUGGGACAAAAUCUGGCUUGAGGAAUCUGGAGCCAUCGCACAGAUACACGGAGAGUUCAGGGCUUUCAAGGUUCAGUUUUGGCGAGUAGACGAGAAAAUGAGCACGUUCCAGGAGAGAGAGGUGUCAUGGGUUGAGGUCCUGCCCAAGGAAGUCCCUGCGGGUAGUCAGUCCAUAAAGUCCAGCUACAUUAUGCGUAACUUGCCCCAGAAUGCAGCCAUCAGCCUCCAGAUCUGUGUUACCAACAACUUCUAUGUUGGCCGACCUUCAGAUCCGAUAACUUUUACAACUUAUGAAGGAGUGCCUGGCCCAGUGAACAUGCUGGAGGCGAGAAUCCGGAGCAGUAACUCUUUCACCCUGGUGUGGUUGCCUCCCCUAAAUGAAGACAGAAAUGGCAUCAUCAGGGGAUAUGACAUCGCCUACCAGACUGUUGAUGGCCUAGCCCUUGGCUCCCUACAUGACCGCAGUGAACAGAUAAAUGACCCCAAUUCUGUGAGUGCGGUGCUGAGUGGUCUCUUGCCCAACAUGAAGUAUCGGAUACACGUGUAUGCACGCACACAGUUUGGACGUGGAGAGGGAUCAUUUAUUGAGGCUUCAACAACUGAAAAGGCUGCUAUUGGCACGCCCAAGUUUGAGAUCUACAAUGUACAUGAGAACAGUUUCAAUGUGACCUGGGUCCCAGAUGCCUACUUUGGCAAACACAUUGUGCACUACGUGGAGUACAGGAAGGAAGGGCAUUCUGACUGGCAGAGGUCUACAGAUGAGAUCAUCAACAACUACAAGGCCAUUAAUGGACUUGAACGGGGCACAUACUACGAGGUCAGGGUCACAGCUUAUGAUGGCUUGUACAGGGCCAGCAGCGAGGUUCAGAACGUUGGAACUGUAGGCUUUGCUGCUGCCCGGGCCAUUGGGUCCAAUUAUGGUUGGUUUAUUGGCAUACUGGUGGCUGGAGUGCUGUUAAUUGGAGCAGCUGUGUGGAUCUACCUUAUGCAUCGCUGGAGAAAACAGGACCCGCGGGUGCAAGAGAAACCCAAAACUCCAAGGGAUGCAAAAGCCAAGAAGUCUGAGCAUGAAAAAAUGUACCCUGAUAGCGAUGAGGAUUAUGAUAGAAAAAGAUACAAGGAAGAUCACUAUGAUGACUAUGGUGAUGAAAAAGAAAGGGAAUACCUUCGCGAUGAUGCGGACAGAGAUGGAAAAUAUGACGAUUACAGGAAUUCGGAUUACAACAGAGACUCAUAUAGGGACGAUUAUAAUCGGGAUAAUGAUAGAGACUAUUAUCGUGACAAUGAUCGUGAUUCAUACCAAGAUGAUAAUGACAGGGACUCUUACCGAGAUGAUCAUGAUGAUGAUCGUCAUGACGACUAUGAUGACAGAGGUUAUGCUAGGAAAGACAGAGAUAGAUAUGAUGACAAAUAUGAUGAUCAAGGUCGAGGAGCGACCAAUUAUGACGAGCCAGACGACCAAAGUUUCCAUGAUGACAGGAAAGGGUACGGGGAAUACAAUGAUGAGCGCUCAAAGUUCGACAAAAGUGGUGCCCCGGUCCCGGCCCCUAGACCACUUUAUAAACCUCGAUCUGUCACUGAUCUAUAAAUAACCACCUCAAUGCUAAGGGCAAAUGAAUACUGUACGAUUUUAUAUGUCAUCAUUUCAGAAUGCUACAUUCCAUAUUGUUAACUAUGAAGCCAUGUACUUACAUUUAAUGUAGUAUAGUUAACUAUUUUUAUAUUGUAAAUAUCAUAUUGUUAGUAAGAAUUGUAAAUGUAUGCGAUGUUCAUUAUAUACAUUAAGGUUUUAUAAUAUCAAUCAAACAGUUUAAAGGAUUCCAUUUUGUCAUUAAAAUACAUAUCAUGUUAUAUAAUGUGUUACAUUAUUUUGUAAGUUGUUUAUUUACAUUUGGAGAGAACAGUUAUAUUGUUAUGUGGAUAAUGAAUUGAGGUCUUGCUUGCACUGUUAAACAUUUAUUUCAUAGAUAUGUUAUCAUUUAUGACAAAUAUUUUGAAUGUAUUCAUUUAUGUUCAUAAACUUCUUACAAACAUAUAGAUGUACAUAUUAAACGUAUAAUGUCUCCAUACCUCAAGGCAACUUGCACUGCAAUAUAUUCACCACUCACACUUACUAUGCAUUAAGCAUUCACAUAUAUUGUUAUUAAUUAGAAUCCAUCAGUAGUUUCAUUGUGUAGUUUCUUAGAUUAGAUUCUCCGAUUUGUUUAAAACUUCUUAGCUUAUUAAUUUCAUUUAUUCCUGAAUUGUUUAAACAUGAUACACUGGUGUCAUUUGCACAUUGAACACUUCCACUGAUGUGUGCCAUCCCCACCAUAUUGAAUGUGCAUAUACAGUGUACUAUUUAACCUGCAUAAUAACAAUGUCUGUUGAAUCCCCUCUCUACAAAUGUCUAUUGUUCCAGUGCUAUGACUUUGAUGUCACUUUAAUUCCUCAUUUUACUUUAAUACUACUUGCAUUUAAUAUAUUUAUUUCUAUAAUGUGUUUAAUAAUACUUAACACAGAAGUUUGUAAAGAAUGAACUCCUGCAAUUUCCUUUAGUUUUAAUUGACAUGUAAAACUUCACACCACUGUAAGUACAUGUUUUAAGUAUUUAUCAACUAUGUAUAAAUUCCAUGAAAUGGGGGCAGAAUAUUUAUGAAUCUAUUUAUGUGUUAACAGCGUGUUGUAAAAAUCCUAGUAAGAGUAGAGAUUUAAACUUUGUUUAAGAAUUUGAAUGAUUUUGCCAAAAGAAUAAUGUACUGACUAUAUGACUGUCAUGCAACAAUACAAUAGUUUAUAAAUACAUGUAUGUUUAGGGACAUCUAGAUUUUUAUUUUAGUUUUACAAACAAUUUUUUGGAAAUAGUUUGUAAGUGUGUUUAAAAACUCUGAUUCCAUGUCAUAUUCCUAGUCAUAAAUUCACUAAAUGCUACUAAUGUACUUUGCUGACUAAGUUCAAAAUGAAGGUUGUCCUAAAAACCUGUUUCAUGCAGUUUGUUACAUGACCUCAUAUUGUCACACACACAAUUUUCAAAUAUUGCUCAUCUGUUUUUGAAAAAUAGUAGUCAUAGUAUUUGGAUGGUAUUGGUGUUGCAUUAUCUGUCUACAAAAGCUUUGUCAAAGUUCUGACUCCCACACAUCAGAGAGUAUGUGAGAAAUGCAGGCGGGUAAGCUCAGUUGGUAGAGCACCUGGCUUGUAAGCAGAGGGACAUGGUUUUGAUCCCCAGUCUGGGCACACACUUUUCUAAGUCGGUGACAUUAAACCUUGUCCAUCAACCAUUUAAGAUAUUGGGAUGCAACUUAGAACACAUGGUGCCAGAAACUAUAUGCACUUGUGGUAGCAGCGUCCUUAAUUUUGGCUUUAAUAAUUGUUAAGUCAAACCCCUUCUUACUGAAAAAACAACAACAGACAAUUAUAGGCAUUGCUUUUGUUAUAUUAAACAGGGACUAGUAAUAGUUUUGAAAUGAACAUAACCACAUAAAAUGUUUGAUCUCAAACCUAGAACUCAAUGAGUUGAAAUGCUGAACUUGAAAUAUGGAGGAAUUAAAUUGAUAAAUUUAUCUUUUAUUGGCCACCAAAAGUGUCUUGCCAGUACUAUAUCUACUUGCACAAUGUGUUCUCAUUCAAGCUUGUCAAUUAAUAAUGAACUUGUAGAUUUGUCAUUCCAUCUUGAGAAUAUGUGUUGAAUCUCAGGCAACUUAGAAAUUUAGUAUAUUUAAUGAAUAGUAUAUUUACCAUGUAUAGUACUAAAUCAUUCAUUCAUUAAGCACACCAUCAUUUUGGUAUCACAAAACCUGAAGAAAUUGUAUAUAUGUAUAAUGUAUUAUGAAUAUUAUAUAUUUCAUUGUUUUCUUUUUUACAGCUACAGUCUUCCUUUUAGAAAAAAAUCCAUUCCUGCUUAUGUUAGGGGACAUAAUUUUAUGUGACACUUGUGUUAAACACAAUAAACUGUACAUGUGCAUGCUGUAAGUUGACAUAAUUGUUGAGUAUCUUACAGAAAGCAUGGCAAUUAUGGCCAAUUUAAUUUCUCAGUUUUCUGCAGAGUUGACACUUGUCUACAAGUUAUGGUAUAAGCUAAUAUCAAUUCAAUUACUUGUUUAUGUUAUGGUAUAAGCUAAUAUCAAUUCAAUUACUUGUUUAUGUUAUGGUAUAAGCUGACAAUUCAAUUUGUAAACGCACACAAUAAAUGUGCAAUAGUCAAUCAUUCUGAGCAAAUUCAUUUGUACAAUAGAAUAAGAUUUACUGCGUUUUUGCUUGAAGUGCAUCAUUGCAAUGCUUUAUGUUCUGUUCCAAUCUGUCCCUUCUGCUCUAUGCAUUGGCUUAUUUUAUAUUAGUGCUUAAACAUGGACAGUUAGUAGUUGUAGUUACUGUGCAAGGAUCUUUUGAAUAACUAUUUCACAACUAUAUACACAUCAAUUUCACAUACUGCUCAUUAUAUGUGCAUUAUGUUUUCUACUCAACUCUUUUUGAAUUAAAUGACCUCAAAUGAG